CCGCCAAGUCAUUUCACCGCCCCCCCACCCACCCACCCACCCCUUUGCCCGAGAAUCGGUUGCCGUUUCCUGUUGGUUGAAUUGAUGCUUUUCGUGAGGUAAAAAAGUAGGUCGGCGGAGGUGAUUUUAUUACUUGUGUCGUCUCCUCCUCCCGGUCCCGGUCCCGGGCACCAUGGCUCCGACCGGCUCCACCGCCUCUCCCGAGGAGCUCAAACUCCGCAUCCAGCGCCUCAUCGACUCGCACCGGGUCUUGGUGUUCAGCAAGACUUUCUGUCCGUACUGCAAGAAGGUUAAAGAACUGUUUAGCGCCCUGGACGUUGAUAUACAUGUUGUGGAACUUGAUUUACUAGAAGAGGGAACUAAUAUGCAGAAUGUGUUGCAAGAAAUGACUGGCCAGAAGACUGUUCCCAGUGUGUUUGUUAACAAGGCUCAUGUGGGUGGGUGUGACAAAACUAUGCAGGCUUAUGAAGAUGGCUUGUUGAAGAAACUUUUGGAGGGAGGUGAACUGUAUGAUUAUGACCUCAUAGUUAUCGGCGGUGGUUCUGGAGGACUUGCAGCUUCAAAGGAAGCUGCAAACCUUGGAAGAAAAGUCUUGGUGCUUGACUAUGUUGUGCCGACACCUAUGGGAACUUCAUGGGGACUUGGAGGUACUUGUGUAAAUGUUGGUUGCAUUCCAAAGAAGCUGAUGCAUCAGGCUGCUAUCCUAGGCCAGGGCCUCUCUGAUUCCCGUAAAUUUGGCUGGGAGUUUGGUGAGAAAGUUAACCACAACUGGGGCAAGAUGAAAGAAGCCAUCCAGAACUAUAUUGGCUCUCUGAACUGGGGCUACAGGGUGGCAUUACGGGACAAGAAAGUAACUUACAACAACAGCCUCGCAGAGUUUGUGGAACCACAUAAGAUAAAGGCAACCAACAAGCGGGGUAAAGAGACCUUUCAUUCAGGAGAAAAAUUCAUUAUUGCAACAGGCGAAAGACCUCGUUAUUUAAAUAUACCAGGAGAUAAAGAAUAUUGCAUUACCAGUGAUGAUCUCUUCUCUCUGCCUUAUUGCCCAAAGAAGACUCUGGUUGUGGGUGCUUCCUAUGUGGCACUGGAAUGUGCAGGGUUCCUUUGUAGCUUGGGAUUGGACGUUACUGUGAUGGUGCGCUCCAUUCUUCUGCGUGGAUUUGAUCAGGAAAUGGCAGAGAAAGUUGGAGCGUAUAUGGAAUCUCAUGGGGUGAAAUUUCUGAAAAAAUAUGUGCCAACUAAGAUUGAGCAGCUGGAGGCUGGAACACCUGGCAGACUUAAAGUGACUGCAAAGUCCACAAUAAGUACAGAGGUUAUUGAUGAUGAGUACAACACUGUGUUAAUCGCUGUGGGACGUGAUGCUUGCACCAAGCACAUUGGCCUAGAAAAGAUUGGUGUUCAUCUCAAUGAAAAAAAUGGGAAGAUAUUGGUGGAUAAUGAAGAAAGGAGCAAUGUACCUUACAUCUUCGCUAUCGGAGAUGUAAUUGAUGGCAAGCCGGAGCUCACACCCGUUGCUAUUCAGGCUGGGAAGUUGCUAGCGCGCAGACUCUACGCGGGUUCGACUGUGAAGUGUGACUAUGUCAAUGUAUGCACAACAGUUUUUACACCUUUGGAGUAUGGAUGUUGCGGAUUGUCUGAAGAAAAUGCAAUAGCACUUUAUGGAGAAGAACAUAUAGAGGUGUACCACAGCAUGUUCUGGCCACUGGAGUGGGCAGUACCAGGGAGGAAUAAGAAUGGCUGCUAUGGCAAGGUGAUUUGCAUGAAGCUGGAUCAUUAUAGAGUGGUGGGAUUCCAUGUGCUUGGUCCCAAUGCUGGAGAAAUCACUCAAGGUUUUGGUGCAGCAAUGAAAUGUGGUAUGACCAAAGAUCAGCUGAACAGCGUAAUUGGCAUCCAUCCAACUUGUGCAGAAGUAUUCACCACUAUGGAAACAACAAAACGAUCAGGUGUGGACAUUUCCAAGAAGGGAGGUUGCUGAGGUUAAACCCUGCUGUUGUAAUGCUGCUGCCUUCUGCAUGCAUUUCCUCUGCUCUGUGGUUGGCUCAACCUGCAUCUUUCUCCACUCAGGUAAAACUAACACAACCCACAGCAGGAAUAUUAAACAAAAUCUGCCUUGAAACAAUAUUGAAUUUUGCAGUGCCUUGAGUUGCACUCAGUGCCUGUUGCAGCAGAGGAUCAUGGUGUGCAUGGGGCACGCAGAUCAACAGUGGGGUAAACCUCAAGUUUGAACUUUGACCCAAACCUGCUUGGAAGGGCAUUGAAGAAAAUAGUGCCUCCUUGAAGUUUUGGCCUGGAACCUGCUUUGAGGUGGGCCAUGACAGAUGACUAACAAGCAAGGUCUGGAACUUCUACAUCCAAUCAAAUGACUGCGCUUCCUCUCUGUGGUGAGGCUUUAGUCUUGUGGAACAGUUUGAAGUCUCACCGGGUAAUACUUACUAUCCCUUGAUUCUUAAAUGUAUGUUAGGCUGCUCUUGGGGGUGGGUUGGGUGAGAUUAAUUUUUUUUUCCUCUGUACAGUUUAGGUAACCAGCAUCAUUGUAUUCAAUGUUUAUAAGUUUAAAAAAAAAUCAAGAACUUAUCUGUAAAAGAACAUGUCAUGUUUGAUUCAAUUUAAACUCUGUACAAUAUCAAUCUUAAACCUUUUUCACCAAAAAAAGCACACUGAUUAUGUUUCAGGAAGCAUGGGCCUGAAUGUUUUUCUGUUUUGACCGAGGAUCUGCCUUACGUGUAACUAUCUACACUUUGCUAUCCUCUCCCUUUUUUUAAAAACUUAGCAGUCUAUAAUGGGAGUAACCAACUACUGCUGACCAAACUUGAUAGGUGUGGGUGUUCUGUUUUUAAGAAGAAAAUGAACGGAAUCGGUGAAUCUGUAAGCUGCUUUUUUGCAGAUACUUAUAAGCAAAAUUUGCAUAAAAGUGAUAUAGUGAAUUAAUUUUUGUCUUGUAUAGCUCUGGCUAUCUAAAUGAGAGCUGGAUUGUUAGUCCAAAGUUGUUCAAAGCAAUUUAUUUUUAAGGAGUUCUAAGAAGUUUUGUACACUGCAUUGCUGUACUCCCUAUCACAUACCUGUUUAAGCUAAAUCUAAGUGGUUUGUGUUUAUCCAGCAUCAUUCCCGUUGCUUUCAUUCCUCUUGUUCUUCACCCUCUUCUUUUUAAUUUGGAACACUAACAUACCAAGCUCAGUUUGGAUACAUAUACUGUCACAUUUUGUGGCUUUGUGCAGUUUGUUUGAAGGCAACCAUGUGGUGCUUUCUAUUUAAUUGGGAUGAUUUUUAUCUUUUUUUGCAUUUGUUCAUCAUUGGUGCCCAUGUGACUAGAACUUCCAGUCACAUUUGAUUGUAUUCAGCCUCUGAGCAGCAGUAACUUGAGCAAUUCCAUUGUGAACAAAGUUUGUUGUCCAAAAUGUAUUUAAUAAAAAAAAUAAAAUCUGCAUAGAACUCAAAA